AUGUCUCGCGAAGGAGUCGAGUCCAAGGCGAGCUCAGUCCCUUCCGGAGACAGCCGCCAGGGCUUCCUCGAGCCACGCCAGCUUCACGUACCUGAGACCGUUCUCAGCGGGGCGCGAAGAUGGAAUACAGGGCAUCUGGGAUCAAGACUAGCAGUUGAUGUGGUUAGUGCUGCAACUGCUGGUGCCCUCAUAUGCCCGAUGAUCACGAUCAUUGACCGUUCGAUUAUCGAGAAAGCAGCAAUGGGAAUCUCAAUUCAAUCCAGUUUGGCCUCAUCGUUAAAGAGCAUGAUAACAAAACCUCAUCGAUUCCUCACUUCGACACCGUUCCUUCUUAUAUACACUCUCUACUCGUCCACAUACCUCUCUGCCAAUCUGAUCGACACCGCGGUGUCAACCAUGCAAGAUAAGGCGUAUAAUAAUGUAUCCACUGGGUUCAUGAAAUUCAUAACCACAGCAUUGGUGAAUAUGUCAAUAUGCGUGUACAAGGACUCCCGUUUUGUUAAGAUAUUCGGAAACCAAGGAAAAGGGAAUAGUUCGUCAGCAGCGCCUGCAAAGGCAUCAACUACGGCAGCUGCUAUUGCUCCACAGAUCAAAGGAGCGGCCGCUUGCCUACCACAAAGUACACCAAAGAUACCAAUAACUUCAUACGGUCUCUUCUGCUUCCGAGACAGUAUUACUAUCUUCGCCUCUUUCAACCUCCCGCCCAUAGUAGCAAAAUACGUACCGGAUGCAGUUGCAUCAAAUCCAAAGUCGAAAUAUGCUAUUGCUCAAUUCGCAAUACCAGCUUCUAUCCAGCUAAUCAGUACCCCCUUUCACUUGCUGGGAUUGGACCUGUAUAACCGCCAACCCCCCGGUGGAUUACCAGCGGCUGAUAGAUGGGCACGCGUGAAGAGAGACUGGGCUCCAAGCUGUCUUGCUAGAAUUGGACGAAUUUUGCCAGCCUAUGGAGUUGGUGGUGUGGUGAAUACAAGAAUGAGAGAAAGAUUUAUGAGCUCUAUUGAUCCUGGCAAGUGA